UGAGGGGCUGACUUGUCAAGUUCGCCACGAUGCUACAGCUCUUUCUGUUAGCGCUCUUGGGGGUUGCGUCCGCAAAGGAUUCCUAUGUAGUACUGUCCCCAACUACCAUCAGGCCUGGCAUGGACUUCGAGAUCAGCGUCAACAUCCUCAAAGCCACUUCUCGCGUCAAUGUCAAGGCCACGAUAGUGAAAGGGAGACAAUCCGUCGCUUCCGCAAGUGCUAUAGUGAGGCAAGAUCAGCCCCAAGGUAUAACACUGAAGGUGCCGAGAAAUCUGAAAAAUGGAACGUACAAGCUGACGGUGGUGGGUAAUGGUGGGCUGACCUUCAAGAACGAGACGACGUUGAGCUACAGUAGAAAGGGAAUGUCCAUCUUCAUCCAGACAGACAAGGCCAUGUACAAGCCUGGUCAAACAGUAAAUUUUCGGGCAUUUGCCUUGUUUCCCGACAUGAAGUUGUACACUGGAGCCAUGAAUGUCGACAUCUUCGACCCGAACUCCAACAAAAUCAAGCAGUGGGUGGGGUUGAAGGACGCUAGCGGCGUCAUCACCAACUACCUCCCCACCUCCACCCAACCUGUACUCGGUGACUGGAAGAUCAAGGUCACCGCGGGUAAAGAAUCCAAGGAAAAGGUGUUCACUAUCGCUGAAUAUGUAUUGCCCAAGUUUGAAGUCACAGUCGAACUCCCACCAUUUGUCAUUGAAAAUGACAACGAUAUCACUGCUACAGUUAAAGCCAAGUACACAUAUGGUAAGCCUGUGAAGGGAAGAGUGAACCUCGUGGCACAGCUGGCACGUUUCUACCGUCGAUGGACCAGGGAUGGUGAGGAGCCGAUGGUAAAGAAGACUGUGGAGAUUGAUGGUGAGACCAAGGUUACCAUCCCACUGACGGUGAUGAAGAAGGCUUUCCCUUACGGCCUGUCAGGGCGGGAGAUCCAGGUGAUUGCUAAUGUGACAGAGGACCUGACUGGGAUCACAAUGAACGGCUCCAACAAGCUUACGAUUUAUCAGGAUGCCUUGGAGCUUUCCUUCUCUCCGUCUGAUCCCACCACAUUCAAACCUGGACUCUCGUACAACACGCAUCUACAAGUCGUGCAGCCGGACGGUCGUCCAGCCCCUGCAACCAACCACAAGCUUCGAGUUUCCACUAGGGUAACCGCAGAGAUCAAAGAGACGACAACGCCGAUGUACUAUUCUCCCAGAACGACCUCCUUCAACCUCCCUGACCAAAUAUUCUCGGUUCCAGACUCAGGACUUGUCCCUGUUGAGGUCAACAUCCCCACAAAUGCAACGCGUGUCUCUCUCGAGGCGUGGUAUGGACCUGUAAGUGCUUACAAAUCAAUUGAAAAGAGCUACUCUCCAAGCGACAACUACAUCCAGUUGAUCCUGCAAUCACAACAACUUUCAGCUGGCAACGACGCGGUGUUCGCUGUCAGAGUCACAGAGCCGAUCAAGGAAAUAGUAUACCAGAUAAUAUCUCGUGGUUCCAUCGUGGCUACUGGCAUCAUGGGCGCAAACCAGCAGACUGAUUUCACAUUUGCCAUCCCGGUGACACCCAAGAUGGCUCCAAAUGCCCGGAUAAUUGUGUACUACGUCAGAGAAGAUGGGGAAAUCGUCACAGACAGCGUUAGCUAUGACGUCGAAGGCGCAUUCCAGAACAAGGUGUCUAUCUCUAUGGACAAGACCUCUGCCCAGCCUGGUGACAGUGUCAAUGUACAGGUCACCGCUGACCCUCAGUCCCUGGUCAACCUCCUGGCCGUAGACCAGAGCGUCCUCCUCCUCAAAUCCGGAAAUGACAUCACACAAUCUGAGGUUAUCAGCGAACUCAAGUCCUAUAACUCCAUCAAUAAAGGAAUAGAUGUUAUUUUCCCUCACCGCGGCAAGAGGUCAGUUCUGCCUUGGGGAUACCCUACGUACUACGGUGGAUCUGAUGCCAGAGAGGUCUUCGAGAACUCGGGAGUUGCUGUGAUGACAGACGCACUUGUAUACCAACAUGAAAGAUACUAUGGCUGUCGGUUUUGUGGAGGCAGAGGUGGUGGCGCUGGUAGCUUUGGUGGCUCUGGUGGCAAUGCUGCAAGGGGUCCAAGAAGGGAACAACAAAGAAGACCUGCUUUUGCUGGACAGAACGCAGAAAUUGCUUCAGCUGGGGGACUGAAAGAAGUGGAACGAAUCAGGACAGAAUUUCCGGAAACCUGGUUAUGGCAAAACAUGACAGUUAGUGCCGAUGGCACAGCUGUCAUCUCAACAACAGUGCCAGAUACCAUCACGUCUUGGGUGGCCAGCGCCUUCGCCGUCAACACUCAGAGCGGCCUUGGAAUUGCACCAACCUCAGCCAAGAUCCGCGUGUUCCGCCCCUUCUUCGUGAGCCUCAGCCUGCCGUACUCCGUGACCCGAGGGGAACAGCUAGCUCUCCAGGCCAUCGUCUUCAACUACCUUGCUCAAGACGUCGACGCUGUUGUGACUCUGCCCAAGUCUGUGGAAUACAGGAAUGUCGUUGUCCGUGGCAACAGACGUGAACGAACAGAAUCGGAAGAUCAGAGUCAGACAGUCCAGGUGAAGGCAGGUGGCGCCACCUCUGUAUAUUUCCCCAUUGUCCCAACCAUCCUGGGGAAGAUCGACCUGACCGUUUCCGCCCGAUCCACCCUCGCUGCUGACGCCAUCAAGAGACAGCUCCUGGUCGAGCCUGAAGGAACCCCUAAAGAGUACAAUGUUCCUGUCCUGAUUGAUCUGAGGGAAGCGCCCAGUUUUGUCAAGUCUGUUCCCCUCACUCUGCCCCAGAACGUGGUCCCAGGGUCACUGAGAGCUAGGGUCACCGCAGUUGGCGACCUAAUGGGUCCAACAGUGAAUGGUCUGGACAAACUUCUGCGCAUGCCUACCGGAUGUGGCGAGCAGACGAUGCUGGGGUUGGCCCCGGAUGUGUUUGUCACCAACUACCUGACAGCAACCAAUCAGCUGACGGGAGACAUAGAGGACAAGGCAAUCAAGUACAUGGAAUCUGGAUACCAGAGAGAGUUGACCUACCAGCACAAAGAUGGUUCCUUCAGUGCUUUUGGCGAGAGUGAUCCUUCCGGCAGCAUGUGGUUGACAGCGUUUGUUGUGAAGACGUUCCACCAAGCUAAACCAUACACCUUCAUCGACGAUGAAGUUCUGACCAAAGCCAUCGACUGGAUGAUACGGAGACAGAACGCUGACGGUUCCUUUCCGGAACCUGGAAAAGUCUUCCACAAAUCCCUGACAGGAGGAGCUGGAAAAGGAGCACCACUGACGGCUUAUGUCCUCAUCGCCCUUCUCGAGAACAACGACCUUCCACGGGAUGUCCAACAGCGGAUUCGUGAGGCAACAAAUAAGGCAGUCCGGUUCCUUGAGAAUCAGACUCCGACAGAUGACUACGCUCUGGCCAUUAUGACGUAUGCCCUGCAACUUGCUGGCAGCAUCAAAGCUAACGAUUUGUUUGACACACUGAACUCACAUGCCAUUGUCAAGGAUGGAAUGAAACACUGGCACCGCCCCGAAACUACGUCGACAGCGUCCCGCGGUUACUGGACACCACCAUCCCCCAAAAAUGCCAUCGACAUCGAGAUGACGUCAUACGCCCUGCUGACAUUCGCCGAGAGGGAUGACUUUAAUGGUGGUCUGAGCGUCAUGAAGUGGUUGGCAUCUCAGCGUAAUCCUCAUGGUGGCUUCUCAUCCACUCAGGACAUGGCCCUGCAGGCUCUGUCUGAAUUCGCCAAGAUGGCGUACUCCAACAACUUCGACAUCCAGGUGACAGUGAACAGUGGCAGCUUCAGCCAUCAGUUCUCUGUCAACCAGAACAACGCGCUGGUGCUCCAGAGUGUCGAGCUACCAUCAGUUCCCGAUAGCGUCAGUGUUGAAGCCACAGGGAAUGGGAUCGCUCUCGUUGAGGUCGCCGUGUUCUUCAACGUUGAUGCUGAGGUGGAGGAGCCAUCUUUUGAUGUGGCCGUGAAGCUGCUGAAGGAGGACAUCAACUCCAUCACAGUCCAGACCUGCACCAAAUGGCUGUUAAAUGGUACCAGUGGAAUGGCCAUCCAAGAACUCGGACUUCCCUCAGGUUUCGAGGCAGACCUUGACACUCUUACCAAACUAAGAACUUUGAAGAGAGUCGAGACUGAAAAUAAAAAAGUGGUGCUCUAUUUUGAUGAGAUCGGAACCACGCCCGUAUGUCUGUCCGUCACCCUCCAGAGAACAGGUCUUGUAGCCAAGUCCCAGCCCGUCCCAGUCAGAGUCUACGACUACUAUGAGCCAACCAAUCAGGUGACAGCAUUCUACCAGUCCAAGGUUCUCAAGAAUUCCAACAUCUGUAGGGUAUGUGUGGAGUGUGAAAACUGCGUGGCCAGGCGAGGGUGAUCUCAGCGAAGAUGGCAAAGAUGAAGCGUAGACAUAUUCGUGCUAUUUUCUUGCAAUAAAAAACUUCAGAAAUA